AAUGGUUUCCUAAUUCCUAGCCCCUUUCAUUUUCUCCACGCUCCCACCCCACCACCCUUAGCCAAUUAUUAUCACAUCAUCAUCUUCAAUUUCUUGCCUCCCCAAACAGAGAAUCGUCCUCUUCUCUUGCGCUGACAAGCACACAACUGCUACAAACUUAACCAAACACAUAGAACAAAACAAAAAGAAAAAGGAGAAAAUUUCCAGAUAGCUAGCAUUGCGUAUUCAGGGCACAUGGGGAGGCAUUCUUGCUGCUACAAACAGAAGCUGAGGAAAGGGCUUUGGUCCCCUGAGGAAGAUGAGAAGCUUAUUAAUCAUAUUGAGAAAUUUGGCCAUGGCUGUUGGAGCUCUGUCCCAAAAUUGGCAGGACUUGAGAGGUGUGGGAAGAGCUGUCGGUUGAGGUGGAUAAAUUACCUGAGGCCAGAUUUGAAAAGAGGGACAUUUUCACAGGAAGAAGAGAAUUUGAUAAUUGAACUCCAUGCACUUCUAGGCAACAAGUGGUCUCAGAUUGCAGCCCGAUUACCGGGACGAACCGACAACGAAAUCAAGAACCUAUGGAAUUCUUCCAUCAAGAAAAAGCUGAGGCAGAAAGGAAUUGAUCCCAACACUCACAAACCACUCUCCCAGGUUGAGAAUGCAGAAAAAGCCCAAGUUUUCAACAAUAACAGUGGCUUUCUGAGUUCAAACAGAAACAACCUCGUAGAAUUCGACAACCCUAAGUCUUCUCAGAUGAUUUCUGGGUUCAAUCCCAAUCCCAAUUCCAAUACAAUUCUUGAUCACCAUUGCAGUAGCAGUAUUAAACUUCAGGGCAGCCCUGUUUUCUUUAACAGCAGUGGCUUUCCAUGGUUAGUCUCAGGCUCUGAAAAAUCAGAAAAAUUAACUGAUCCAGAAGACAUAAAAUGGUCUGAAUAUCUGCUAGGAAACUCCAUUCCAAGCCAACCCGAACCGCAAUUCACCGUCACAGAAGAAGGUUCUUUCAGUACCACUGCAUCAACUUGGCUUCAGAAUCAGCACCCUUCUUUGCAGGCUGCAAACUUGUGUACUGCUAGUAAGCAUUUUCAGAGACCUUCUGCUGCUUCUACCCAAUUCUCCUAGCAUAAAUUUCAUCCUAAAUUUUGCCAAAAUCUAAACGGCUGUGUGUGCUAUUCUUGAGGCGGAGGCCAGUAACAGGUCAAAUCCAGCAAUUGGUGGGUAAGGAAUUGUUAGGUGAAGGACGGUGAACCAAGUCCAGCACUUGCCUUUCGAAAAUGUGAUGGCAGUAUAAGAAAUUAAAGUUGCGUGCCUUCGUUGCAAACUACAAUUUUUUGGCGUAUUGGUAAACGUUUAAUCGAACAAGUGGUAUCAGACUAUCAGAGUCAGGUUACGGUUCGAGUCUGAGUCCCAGCAAGCAGAGCAAAAAUUGUAUAGUUAAGACUGACAGGUGUCCAGCUAUAGGCUUCCUAUAUUCUUAAUCUGUAUAUAUGCAUGCCUUGCACAAAAUUUCAUUACCAGAUAUUCUUCUUCUUUUUGUUAUAAUAUUGGAAGUUGAAACCUUUCUUUUUC